AUGAAGUUGUUCCAGAACAGGUGUGAGUUUGCAUAUCCAUGGGAGGAGGUCACGGAGGCCCACUGGAAAAAAUACCCCAAUGAGAUGUCGACACAUGUGAAGGCCACAGACGUGCUGCGGCGGGAACUGGAUCCGACUGGACGCAAACUGGUCAGCGAGAGGCUGAUCACUGUGCAGCAGUCUGCGCCGCGGUGGGUGAUGAUGCUGGUGGGCGGUACCAACAUAAGCUACGUGCGCGAGGUUUCGACCGUGGAUCUGGACAGCCAGACGCUGACGCUGCGUAGCGUGAAUCUCACGUAUGCAAACCUGCUGAAGGUCUGCGAGACGGUGACGUACAGCAGAGACCCCGUGGACCCGGCGCGCAAAACGCUGUUUGAGCAGGAGGCGCAGAUCACGGCCUAUGUGCCAUUUGCGCGCGUCUGCAACCAGUUGGAGGAGUGGUCGGUGCAGCGCUACCACGACAACGCCGAGAAAGGCAAGCGCGGCUUUGAGACCGUGCUCAAGGCGCUAAGCCGCAGGUGGGACCAGGGUGAGCGGUACGUCGAGGACAUCAGCUCGACCAUCGUUACGAAGGUCAACGAAACUGUCGACGACCUCCUUGGUGCCGACGAGAACUCGCUGCUAAGUCGCUACUCCGCGAUCCUCGAAGCAGCCUUCCAGCCUACUUAA